AGUACGAGUAGCAGACCUUCAUCCAUGUCCAGUAUCACGCAGGUCCCUGAGUCUAACGAGACCUGAGUCCCUAGUGUGGCAACAGCCGCCUGUAAGACGUUGAUAAGUCCUAAACAACAACAACAACAACAAUACUAGCAAAGCAGCAAUAACACCAGCCAGACGACGGCAACAUCACAUAAGCAACACCAACAAAACAAAAACAACAACACAUAAUUACUGCAGCAAUCGAUCAUGGCGGCAAACCACAGCCCAGUGUACCUGAAGGAGACCAACAACUCCCUCAUCUGGACGCGCUCUUGUGAGAAGGAGACCACCGAGCCUGUGGAGGGCAAGGUCAAAGGAGAGCUCCCGCAGUGGCUCAGCGGACGCCUGACUCGCAACGGGCCAGGAAAGACAGGCUUCGGUGACACUCAGUUUAACCACCUGUUCGACAUGUCUGCACUCAUUCACCAGUUCAACAUCUCUGACGGCCGCGUUACGUACCAGUCCAGAUUCAUCCAGAGUGACACCUACAAAAAAAACCUGAGAGCGAAUCGUAUCAUUGUGACGGAAUUUGGCACAGGAGCGUAUCCAGACCCCUGCAAGACGCUGUUUCAGAGGUUCAUGACGUUCUUCACGCCGCUGACCAAAAGGGAAAUGACGGACAACUGCCUGGUGAGCGUGUGUCACUUCGGCGAUGAGCUGUACGCCAUGACGGAGACCAACGUGAUGCGAAGAAUAGACCCCGAGACGCUGGAGACAGUGGGCGAGAAGACAACGCUGGACGACUACCUGGUGGCUGUCAACACUGCCACGGCUCACCCACAUAUAGACCCUGACGGCACUGUCUACAACAUGGCCAGCUCCUUCGCCAGCAAGGAGGGACCGCAGUACUGCAUUGCCAAGUUUCCUCCACCUGCAAUGGUCAAUGGCAAAAAGAAGUCCUCGCUGGAGCAGGCCAGCGUGGUAACCAAAAUACCCUGCCAAAAUAAGAUGUUUCCUUCCUAUUACCAUUCCUUCGGUAUCACCGAUAACUAUUUUAUUUUCGUGGAGCAGCCCUUCCUCCUUAACCUGAAGAAGUUUCUCGUCAGCAUGCUUCUAGGCAAAAGCUUCCUGUCUGCGAUGGAGUGGCACGGCAAACACAAGACCAAGUUUCACGUGGUGCGGCGUGACACAGGGGAGAUUAUCACCACCAAAUACGCCUCCGACGCCUUCCUCACCUUCCACCACACCAACGCCUACGAGGAGGACGGUCAUCUGGUGGUGGAUCUCUGUGCCAUCAAGUCUGGAGAGGUCAUCUCACAGUUCCUGCUCAAGAACCUAUCCAAAGCUGACUACACUGUCUCCCCUCAAGACUUGUCCGUGCACCGCCGUUACGUGCUGCCGCUCCGCACUGAAGGGGCCCGCAUUGAUACCAACUUGGUAACACUGAAGGGCACGAAGUGCACCGCACGGAAGCUAAAGGACGGCACCAUCUUCCUCGAAGGGCAAGACAUCUCAGCCAACGUGAUUGACCUGCCGAGGAUAAACUACAAAUACAACGGCAAGCCUUACAGCUUCGCAUACGGGGUGGAGGUCAAUCCUCUCGGGGUGCAGUUCUCAAGGCUGGUGAAGAUCAACGUACGCACUGGAGAGACACAGGUGUGGCACGAGGAAGGCAAGCUGGUGAGCGAGCCGGUGUUCGUGGCUGCUCCGGACGCCACCCGCGAGGAGGAGGGCGUCGUGCUCACUAUUCUUCUCGAUAGAGACAACCCGGCCUUCGUGGCGCUGCUGGUGUUGGACCCAACCAGCUGGAAGGAGGUGGCGAGGGUGGAGUUCAAGGCACAGGGCAAGGUGACGCAGACCUUCCAUGGACAGUUUGCUGCAACCGGGGACUCUGUUCACCUGUUUUAGGCAUACGCCUGAGACGGGUCGCCGUGUAGUGUGUGCUGUCAUAGGAACACUUUUAAUGUUAACCCCUUCAAUACGGUGACGCCUAUGCAGGCGUCAUGAAGCCCCAGUAGCAUAUACGGUGACGCCUACGUAGACGUCAUAUUUCUUUUCUGAGCUUUCUUCAGUUCAGUUGUCCCGUAU